GCGAGUGAGGACGGAGCGCGAUGGCGGCGGCCAACUGUUCACUCCGUGUGGACAGGCGGUUGAUUGACGCCAAGUUCGACAGUUACCGACUGUCGCUGGAGCCGCUGCCCACCUACACAGUGGAGCUGGAUGGCGCUGUAGCUGAGGUGAAACUGCGAGAGGAUCAGUAUACUCUGGACCAUAUGCGUGUUUUUGGCAUGUACAAUUAUCUGCACUGUGAUAGGUGGUAUCAAGACAGUGUCUAUUAUGUUGAUCAACAUGAGAGAGUAAUGCACCUGGCUGUCACAUUGGAUACAGCUAUAAGCAAGCCCAGGGAGGUGUUCCGGCUCUCAGCAGAGAUUAAAUCCUGUGACACCUUGGUCUGUGCUUCUAUGCAUUUUACAUCACCUACAUGGGCAGCCUUGUCAGAUGGAACAGGAAAGCUGUACCUCCUCAGAACAAACAAUCGCGGACCAAAUAACAUUGACAAAUGGGAGAUAAUGUUCCAACAAGAACUGGGAGAACCCUUUGUGAUAAUCCAUAGUCAUUCUUAUCUAAAAGACAAUGCAAACUUAAUAGAUGUCGUUUUACUCAAGACAGAGAAAGAUGAAUCUAAUACGAAGGGAAGUGGAUUUCACUCAGCAAUAGAUUGGCUAACCAUUACUUGUGAGAACAUUGAGAGCAACAAAUGUGAAGUAUCACGGCACAGGACUCUGAUUGGAAGACUAGCUCCGCACUACGCAGCUGUAGAGCAGGAUGGGACUGGCCUGAUGAUAGCUUCUGACAAGCCUUUCAGGUUCGUGCAGAUUGAUGGGAAGCCCAUAGAUGAACAGAAAAUGGAGAAAAUGGACACAAGUGAAAAGAAAGAACCAGUGUAUUAUUGGCAACAGACGGAUGAAGACCUGACUGUAAAUAUUCAGCUACCAGAAAACAUAACAAAACAGAACAUAGAGUUCCAGUUGUCAUCGGAUCACUUGCACGUUGGAGUAAAAGGACAAGCUGUUUUCGUAGAAGGCCAGUUGUACUCUUCAGUUGACCACAGCGAGAGUACUUGGACAAUUACUGAAAAUAGCUUGGAAAUUUUCUUGUUAAAGAAGAAUAAAGGAGAGAUGUGGCCAGAACUUGUCAUUGGAGACAGAGGAGGUGAAUUCGUCUUGAACUCCAGUCAAACUUCUGAACUGAAUGAGCGUUUGCUAAACCUAACCUCUGAAGAACUGAAUGCAGACCCUGAAAGAGACAAGCAACCCUGCAAUGCUCAGGAGCUGGAAGAGUGUGACCGCUUCCCCGAGGAUACCUCCAGUUUAACUCGAUUUGAUAGCAACACCUUGAAAGCAACACAUGUGGUGAAUCUGAGCAGUCACCAGUACCUGUUCACGGCUGUGGUGAAUCCAGCUGAAAUGCCGUGCUUAUGCCUGCGCCAUGAUGUCGAUGCGCUUCUGUGGCAGCCGCACACAAAGCAGGAGGAAAUGUGGGAGCACAUUGGGACGUUCAAUGCUCUGGGCUACGUCCAAGCAUCCAAACGUGAGAAGAAGUUCGCCACUUGUGCUCCAGACCAUUCCUACGCUGCUCUGUGUGAAUGCUUCCGACGGGUUUUCAUUUACCGCCAGCCCUCGCCUGUCCAAACCGUGCUGUACAACCGAAAGGAAGCCAGGCACGUAGGGCAGGUUGCCAAGCAGCAGGUUGCAAACUUGGAAACCAAUGACCCGGUGUUGGGCUUUCAAGCUACAAGUGAGAGGCUAUUUGUUUUAACAACAAAAAACUUGUUUGUAAUUAAAGUAAAUGCUGAUGGCCCUCAGUAAAAUCAUUGUGAUAGUUUGCAGGCUUUGGAACACCAUGUAAAGCCAUUUGUUACAGUUCUAAUUUAGAUAUGCUUUCCAUAAUUACAAAACACAUGCUGUUUAUCUGUUCAUAUAGCUCUGGUUAUUACAGGCUUCAUUCCUUUCAGCAGAUCCCUGCACAAAUGUAGCAGAUUGUGCUACUUAAGUGACACAUCUUAGUGAUACAUAAUUAAAAGUGGUUUCACACUUUGAAAUACAAGCAUAAAGCUUCAGUUUGUGCAUCAGAAAUGCUGUGUGUGCAACCCUAUCUGUCUCAGAGUACAGUGUUCUCCCACCAAUAAUGUAUCUGUGGAGUUUGUACCUCUCUGGAAUAUGGUGUAUGGCCUCUCAAGACCCAGAGACUGAUCUAGCUAUUACCUGGGGCUGAAAAUCAAAAAGAAAACCGCAGAUGCUGGAAAUCUAAAAUAAAACCAGAAAAUGCUCAGGCGGCAACUGGGGAAAGAGAAACAGAAUUAACGCCAGAACUUUUGAAGAGUUAAUGCUGUGUCUUUUCCUGCAAAAGUUGCCUGACCUGCUGAGUAUCACCAGCAUUUUUUGGAUUUACUUCACUACUUGGAGCUCCUCACAACUGGACACACAUUACAGGUCCUUCAUUUUAUAGAAAUCACAGCCUCCCUGUCUAUUAAGGUCCAUGCCAGACCAGCACCAUCACCUCCCUGCCUUGCUCUCUCCCCUUCCUCGAAGCUAUAAUUAUAACAUCAGCUCCAUUCCUAAACAUUCCCCUAGGUCCCCACUGACCUAAGGUAGGGUGCUACUUGCUUAUGGACAAAUGGGAAGCUCACUAGAAACAAAGGUGACUAUAGUAAGGUAAUGCUGUGAUUCUGCAAUGUAACAAGGGCAAUCACAAGUAAACUGCAGAUGACAGCAGAUAAUACAACUACCUUAAUUUGUCCUGCUGUUAACAGCCAUUACAAACUGUAACUUCACACAACCUGCAGGAGAUCAGAAGGGUUUAUUCAUAAAAUGAAGUCAAACAAUAAUGAGAUGCUUCUGAAAUUAAUCAAAUGUUACACAUCUAAAAGAAAACAGCAGUUGCUUGAAAUUUGAAAUAAAAAUGAAUGCUGGAAAUCCUCAGCAGGUCAGAAAGCAUCUGGGAAAAUAGAAACAGACUUAACAUUCCAGCUAAUGACCUGUCGUCAGAUGAAAGCUCUUCAACCUGAACUAUUGACCAUUUCUAAUACACCAAUGUGGCCUGAAUGCUAUUGAUGUUUAUUCCUGAAUCAGUGCAUCUUACUGAGCUGUGAAAAUACAUGAAGCCCACAAGCCACUGAACCAGGCAGUUGAAACUGGCAUUCAGUGGCUGGCAGUUUCCACAGGGUGAGAAUUGUGCCUGUGCUGUGGCUCAGGGAGAGCACAAACACCUCCAAGUCAGAAGAUAUGUGCGUUCCACUUCCAACCUAUAGACAAACACACAAGCUAGUCCUAUAGUACUCCACUGAAGGAGGGCUGUGUUAUUGGAGGGGAGAAGAGGCUCUGCUGUCAAGUAGUAGUGAAGGAGGCAGUACUGUGGGAGGAGCAACACUGCAGGGAAGCUGCACUAUUAAAAGGGCAGUACAGUGGGAAGGGCUGCACUGAUGGAGGGAGAGUGCUGAAGAGGGGUGCAUUGCAAAGGGGCAGUACAGCACAAGCACUGCAUUGAUAGAGGGGCAGUACAGCACAAGCGCUGCAUUGAUGGAGGAGCAGUGCUACAGGGAGGCUGCAUUGAUAGAGCAGCAGUGCCUCAGGAGCACUGCAAUGAUGGAGGGCCAGUGCCUCAGGAGGACUGCAUUGAUGAAGAUGCCAGCUUUAUGUAGAAUCAUUAAACAGAGGCCUCAUCUGUCCUCUCAGGUGGACAUGAAAGAUCUGAUGGUACUGUUUGAAGAAGAAGAGGAAUUCUCCCCAGUGAUCUGGACAAUAUUGGCCUUUCAAUU